CUCUCGAUUCGGCGGCGGCUCCUGAGCAGACCGGUCUUCUCUCGCUCGCGCUCCUCGCUCCGCUUCCUCUGCAACCAUGUCUGACAAACCCGAUAUGGCUGAGAUUGAGAAAUUCGAUAAAUCGAAAUUGAAGAAGACAGAAACACAAGAGAAAAAUCCACUGCCUUCAAAAGAAACGAUUGAACAGGAGAAGCAAGCGGGCGAAUCGUAAUGAGGCGGGCGCCGCUGAUAUGCACUAUACAUUCCACAAGCAUUGCCUUC